AUGGCUUCUGCUGCCUCCGCCGCCAGCAAGCGCAAGAGAGCUGGUGUCGCCUCUCCCGAGAGCGCUGCACAGGCUGCUGCUGCCGAAGAAACCCCCAAGAUUCAGAACGGUGGCCCUCAACCUAAGCGGCAGCGGGCCAACUCGGGACGAGCUGUCGAAUCCCAGUCCGACGAGGACAUUGCCGACUCUGAUAACGAAGAGAUUGAGCUUACAUCUCCCCCAAUCGGCGAAAUCAUCCACCCCGCCGGUGGUUACCGAACCAACUCUCCUCCCGUUGGCCGGCCCGUCCGUGUCUACGCCGACGGUGUCUUUGAUCUCUUCCAUCUUGGUCAUAUGCGCCAGCUCGAGCAGGCCAAGAAUGCUUUCCCCAACACGACCCUCGUUUGCGGUGUCACCGGCGACGUCGAGACACACAACCGCAAGGGCCUCACCGUCAUGUCUGCCAAGGAGCGUGCCGAGUCGCUCCGCCAUUGCAAGUGGGUUGACGAGGUGAUUGAGGACUGCCCGUGGAUCGUCACCCGUGAGUUCCUCGAGGAGCACCGUCUCGACUACGUUGCCCACGACGACCUCCCCUACGGCGCCGACGAGGGCGAUGACAUCUACCAGCCUAUAAAGGAGGCUGGCAAGUUCCUCGUCACUCAGCGCACCGAGGGCGUCAGCACCACUGGCCUCAUCACCAGAAUCGUUCGCGACUACGAGAAGUACAUCAGCCGUCAGUUCAAGCGUGGCACCUCUCGCCAGGAGCUCAACGUCAGCUGGCUCAAGAAGAACGAGCUUGAUAUCAAGCGCCACGUCCAGGAGCUUCGCGAUAACAUCACGAACAACUGGUCCAGCACUGGACAGGAGCUCAGCCGCGAACUGCGCCAGUUCUGGCCCACCAGCCGUCCUCAGAGCCCUGCCCGCUUCUCCCAGAGUACCAGCGACCUGGCCCGAUCCCCCACGACCCCCGGCGGCUCCAACUCGAAAGAGUUUGUCACCGGAUACGCUCUCGGCCUCGUUGGCGGUGUCCGCUCCUGGAUGACCAAGAACCGCCGCACCGUGCGUGAUGCCCGUCCACCUAGCGACGACGACUCGGAGGAGAGCGACGAGCAGGCUGCUAAUGGCAGCCGCAAGGCUUCUCAGAGCCAUAUUAUCUCUCCCACGCCAACCAAGCCUGCUGCCACCAAGGCUUAA